AUGCCGCAGCCACAGACAAAUCCGCCGACUGGCGCUGGCGCCGCUUCGAAAGAGGAAAACAUCUACAUCCCAUCCUUCAUCAGUAAACGACCGUUCUACGCCGGCGAAGAAGGAGACGACAAUGACUACCUCAAGCAUCAACGUCGCGAAGAGAAGAAUGAAAAGUCUACAUGGUACGACCGCGGCAGGAAGGCUGGCCCAGCCGCCACCAAGUAUCGCAAAGGCGCGUGCGAGAACUGCGGCGCCAUGACACACAAGAAGAAGGACUGCUUGAGCCGACCUCGGGCGAAGGGCGCAAAGUGGACGGGGAAAGAUAUCCAGGCCGAUGAGCUUAUUCAGGAUGUCAAGAUGGGCUGGGACGCCAAGCGCGAUCGCUGGAACGGCUACGAUGCGAAGGAAUAUCGCAACGUGGUUGACGACUACCACCAGAUGGAGGAACUGCGGAAGAAGGCUACAGUAGGUGUUGAUGGCGAGGAAGAAAACGACGAUGGCGAUAAGUAUGCCGAGGAGAACGACAUGAGUAAGCACCAGAGUACAGCAACCCGACAACUGCGAAUACGAGAAGACACAGCCAAAUACCUGUUGAACCUCGAUCUGGAAUCCGCCAAAUACGACCCCAAGACACGAGCAUUGGUCGACAGUGGCGCGACAGCCGAUAAGGCGUCUGAAAUGUUUGCGGAGGAGGGAUUCAUGCGAUCUUCAGGCGAUGCUGGUGCUUUCGAGAAGGCGCAACGAUACGCAUGGGAGGCACAAGAAACAUCUGGCGACACCAGCCAACAUUUGCAGGCAAACCCAACGGCGGGAGAGUUCUACCGAAAGAAGGAGCAGGAGGAGGCAGAGGCGAAGCGCGCAGACCGAGAGAAGGCUUUGCUGGACAAGUACGGAGGAGAGCAGAAGGCAAUGCCAGCUGCUCUACGCAGCAUGGCGGUUACCGAGUCCGAGACAUUUGUCGAGUACGACGAAGCUGGUCUGAUCAAGGGCGCACCGAAGAAGAAGGCCAAGUCCAAGUAUGCCGAGGAUAUCUUCAUCAACAACCACACCUCCACCUGGGGCAGCUGGUGGUCCAACUUCAAGUGGGGUUACGCAUGCUGUCACUCUUUCAUCAAGAACAGCUACUGCACAGGAGAGGAGGGCAAGGAGGCUUGGGAGGCUGCUGAGCGGCAACGCACUGGUGCCAACCUGAUUGAGGAUAAAGAGGAGGACGAGGAGCCUUCCAACGAGGAUGGAGACAAGGAGGCCGAAGAGUCGAAACCGAAGAAACGGACAAGAGAAGAGAUGAUGAACGGGGUAACAGAGGAGGAGAUGGACGAGUACAGGCGGAAACGAACAGUUGCGGCUGAUCCAAUGGCGAAGCUCCUGGGCAAGGAUGAACUUUUGACAUAG